CUUAAGGAGAUGGGUUGAAAUGGUAGCCUAACCAGAGGCGAAGAAGCUGCUGAUGCUAGCAAGGUAUCUGAUCAAUCAGCUGAAAGGAAAAAAAGUUUGGUGGACUGGAUGAACUUGAUUAAACCUGCUAAUGGGGAGAAAGAUCACUGGGUUCCGGAUGAAGCUGUUAGCAAAUGCACAUCAUGUGGAUCAGAUUUUGGAGCUUUCAAUCGCAGGCAUCAUUGCAGGAAUUGUGGCGAUAUUUUCUGCGAUAAGUGCACAAAGGGUAGAAUUGCUCUCACUGCAAAAGAAAAUGCUCAGCAAGUCCGAGUUUGUGAUAGAUGCAUGGCAGAAGUUUCUCAAAGGUUAAGCAAUGCAAAAGAAGCUGUCAGCAAACCUGCCGGUCUGCAAAGUCAUGAAGAUCUUGCGCGAAGGCUUCAGGAGGAAUUGAACAAGAAUCGUAAGUCGGGUUCAAAUUCUGAUGAGUCUUGGAAGCCAACGAGGGAAGUAGCAUGUCCCAUCUGCACAGUCCACCUUCAGGACUGAAUUCUACGAUAUUUACCUUGAGUUUCUG